UCUAUCAUGUCUCUGGUUUUUUUUUUCCUCCAGUGGUGAUCACGACAUGAUUGUUCCUCAUAUCAAUACUUUAAAUUGGAUACGCAAUCUCGGUAUAGCACUUGAUGAUGACUGGAGACCUUGGUCUGUUGAUGGUCAAAUUGCAGGAUACACUGAGAGAUACAAGAACAAGGAUUUCUCUAUAACAUUUGCGACAGUGAAGGGAGGAGGUCAUGUAGCUGCCGCUCACUACCCUAAAGAAUGUCUUGCCAUGAUUGAAAGGUGGUUCGAUUUAUAUCCAUUAUAGGUAUUUACUUGAGUAGUAAUUUAGUUUGGAAUAAAUAUUCUGCAUUAAGCGAGGCAAUUAAUUGUGAAAACCAUGCAACUUUGCCAUAGGCAAAUCCAUGAUAAAUUGCAAGAUUUGCAGAUUCUGAAUUUAAGAACAGAUUAAAAAGAACAUAUUUGAAUUCGAUUGUAUUUGGCUAUUGAGCUCAACUACAUUAAGUUGCUGGCGUGGUGUGUUUUAUUAGCA